UUUCUUCCUGCCAGGUUUCAGGGGAUACAAUACAACCGGACCUAUUGUGGGCUCUCACUUCACUUCUCUGUUGGAGAAUGCUCGGAAAUGUAAAAAACAAAUGGGUGAUUCGUUUUUGUCUGUUGAGCAUCUAGUCUUGGCAUUCCCUUCGGAUAAAAGAUUUGGGCAAAAGCUGCUCAACAAUCUUCAACUAAGCGACAAGGCUUUGAAGGAUGCUGUUGAUGCCGUUCGUGGCAGUCAAAGAGUAACUGACCAAAAUCCAGAAGGUAAAUAUGAGGCACUCGAGAAAUAUGGAAAUGACUUAACUGAGCUUGCCAGACGUGGAAAGCUUGACCCAGUUAUUGGACGUGAUGAUGAGAUACGACGGUGCAUCCAAAUAUUAUCUCGUAGAACAAAGAACAACCCUGUUAUAAUUGGGGAACCUGGAGUUGGAAAAACUGCAAUUGCUGAAGGGUUAGCUCAAAGGAUUGUCCGUGGAGAUGUUCCAGAACCUUUGCUAAAUCGGAAGUUGAUCUCUCCGGAUAUGGGUUCUUUGCUUGCUGGUGCGAAGUGAUUUAUGCCUAAUUGUUCUAAUUUUAGGGGUUUGCAUGUUCAUAUUUUAAGUUAAAUCUUCUGGAAAUUGGUGCGUUUUAUGAUGUAUUUUAUGCCUUGCAGGAGAUUUAGGUUUUCAAGAUGAAGAGUGCAAAUGUUGGAGAGUUUGGGCUAAGAAUCGUGUUUUUGUGCAUACUCUGGCAUGUAAGAGAAGCAAAGCCUCGCUUGCCACAGCAGCGAAAUGGGAAGCCAGAGAAAUGCCCCAGAGGAAUCGAAGCGAGUGAGGAAGCGCCAGAGGAAUCGAAGCGAGCGAGGAAGCGCCAGAGGAAUCGAAGCGAGUGAGGAAGCGCCAGAGAAAUCACUUCGCUGCUGGAAUCAUAAGUGCAGAGGAAUCAUAAGUGCCAGAGAAAUCACCAUUUCUCUGGAGUCAGAGAAAUCAUCAUUUCUCUGGAGUCAGCGAAAUCAAGAAGCCAGUGUAGCCAAGUAAUCACCAGAGGAGUCAAGAGUCAGAGCAGAGGGGAUAGAAGUCCAUUACAGCGGAAUCGAAUAGCCAGAGCGGAAGUCAUUCCGCUGGCGAGAGCCGCGAUUUCCGCUAGGGUGGAGAUGACUUGUAGAGCGCGUCACAACUGGACUUACCUUCCUUUGCACGAUUCUAUUCCUUUUAGAGUCCGGUUUUGCAUGGCAACUUUUAUGGUGAUCCAGAAGGAUUUGAAGUCUAUAAAUAGGGCCAUACUUUUCAUUGUAAAAAAAUCAAUCCCUUGCCCUUAUCUUUAGUUUCCGCUAGGCAGCCAAAGCUUAGGUUUAUUGCUUUCAUAGUUCUAGUUUCGAUUCAUGUUCUAGUUAGUUUAGUUUAUAGUUCUUUUAAUUCAUGUUUUAGAGUAGUUCCCGUUUAGAGUUGUAUUUACGUGACAGAUUACUUCUCGAGACGGUUUUACGGUAUUUCUUUAAUCAAGUUUAUUUAUUUGCUUUUA